UUAGCCACCGACCACUCCGAAGAAAACCUGAGAUCUGAUCAUCAAAGUAUCCAUUGAAAAGGCAAAUAUGGAUGAUAAUGAGAAGAGAAUUCAACUAAGGAAAGAAGCUCAUUCUAUGAUUGAUGAGAUUGGUAACCAUCUUUCGAAGUUGCAAGAUGUUGUUGCUAAUGCCACCGACAUUGCUACCCUUACCCUUGUUUUGAAUACCAUUGAGAUGUGCAAUUCUGAAGCUGCCAAGAUCUUGUCCUCGCCUCCACCAGCGGAUCAAGGAGACACUUAGCCUAUCUAAUCCGAUGAGAGUUGUAUUAACCAGUUCUUGAUGACUUAAUUGUAGCGUAUCUUAUUAUUUAGUAGUGGAUGACUUAUUUGUAGCGUAUCGGAUUAUUGUCGUUAGAUAAAGUUUAAAAUAUUAU